AUGAAAGGACGGGAUUUCUCUGCGCCCUCCUUAUCUCUCGACGCCUCUCUCAUGUUAACGUGCUAUUUCCAUGUUUCUCUGACCUCGCCGGUGAGGGAACAGAGAGACGCAGACACGCGAAAACUGUCAAGUCGCGACGGAUGGACCAUGAAACUAAUUUCAGAAAGAAAAACCUGAAAUCGAGUUGCAACCAACUCCGUCACUAAUUCCGAUUACCUUGCAAGCGACACAACUCGUCUCCAAUUGAUCACCUUGCAUUACAAUGAAGAAGAAGAAGUUGGCAGACAACGCGUGGGAAAAAUUUUAUUGAUGAAGAGGCGAUCGGAACGGUUUUCAGGCGCCCCCCGAAGUCAUCGAAUGAUAACGUCGUCUGAAGUUUGCAGAAGAGGAAACUCGCCUUUCACUUCUGCGGCCACGGUCUUCUCUUUUUCUCUUUUUUCUGACUACGAUUUUCAAAGAUUGAUCAAGCUUUUUUCUUUUUUCAGGCAUGUCGAUGCAGCCGGCAGCCGUAACGGCCUUCGAAAUUCCAAGUUGGGUCAAAGAAAACCAAAAUGACUUCGUGCCGCCCGUCUGCAACAAGUGCAUGUCCGUUUUUUUUUUGUUAAGAAAAGUGUAAAAGCAAAAAAUAACUACUGGACCCUUCUGAGAGUAUUCGGAAUGAGAGAAGUUUUUUUUUCAACUUUUUGCCUCAAAAUCAUUUGAUCAGGCCUCUUCAGAAGUUCUUUGACUUGAAAAACUUUAACUUUCUCGAAUUAUCAUCAAUUUAUAAGAGUUUUCGUUUAAUUCAAACUUCUAAUUUAAAAAAAACUCGAAGGAAAAAAAAGGUAUAUUAGAUCACGUUACAGUUUUCAAUAGAUUAUAAAAUCGUACUUUUCCAAAAUCAAUAAUUCCGUUAUGAAUUCACUAAUAAGAUUAAUAUCCCAUUCCGCACCAGCUUGUCACGAUUGUAGUUUUUCUCUGAGCCUACAGAAUCUUUCCCUUCAAAGCGCGCGAUAUUUAUUUCUGCCUGCGCCUUUAAUAUAACGCACAUUUAGGGCCAAAUAAAAGACGCAGGCAUCGAAAGAUCCCGCGCGCUUUGAACAGAAUGACUCUCUAGUUCGGAAGGAAGCAAAAGUCAUGACAAGCUGGCGCGGAAUGGCCUACAGACACGAAAGUUGUAAAAAAAUGAAAUCAUUCCUUCCCAUGUGGACCAUACACCUAGCUAUUAUGAUACAAAAAUAGGUUCUCCGAUCAACUGAAGGUUUUUUUUGUCGGCGGACCCAACCAACGGAAAGAUUUUCACUUGGAGGAAGGCGAAGAGGUUCGAUUUUCUUCAUUUUCACCAGUAUAAACAUUUUCCGGCUCUCAGUUCUUCUGUCAAUUGAAAGGCGACAUGCUGCUGAAGACCUUUGACAGCGGUCAUGCCCGAGAUUUGGUCAUAAAACAAGGUGAAAUCGAAUGAUUUAGACUUUUCUGUAGAAAAGAGCUUCAGGAGAAAUGUUCAUGCUGCCCUCGAGGGUCGAACACUCUCCUCAACGGUUCUCCAACACCUUGGGACUUGUUGUCGAAAGAGAACGGCUCAAUACGGAGUUUGACUGUGUUAGGUGAGUCUCGUCGACCGACUUCUACCGGUUUUACGCUUUUGGUAUGCCCAAGGAUGUUCAGUUUUGAUCUUCAUUUAUUCACUGUUACAACUAAAGUAGGAAAGUGAACAUUUUUGGAUUCUUGAAUUCAAUGUUCCAUCCAAACUGAUUGUCAGAAUUGGUUAAAUCCCGAUUUUUUUGAACUGAUGGGUAAUAAAUACAUCGGAUCAGCAUAAUAUUCUUGGGAAAUUUGAACAUUGGUACAUUUUUAAUGUUCAGAGUUAUAGAGUCAAAUGAGAGCGACUGGAUUUUCGAAAAAAUCUAAAAAAAAACGGAAGUCGAACUUUUUUUCUUAAAAAGUUCUAGGUAUCUAUGUUCUACUACUCUAGCGGUCUUUAAUGAUCACCUGGCUUCUAAUCGCUGAAAAAUUCAGGUACUUUGUCGGCUCAACUGAAGAACGGCUCUACGAAAGAUGGUUCCAUCUGACAGACGUCGUCAAAGAUUUGCCACCUUUGAUCAAAGCCUUCUUCAACUCGAACGAGUUCAAAAGCGGUAGCCAUUCCCUUUUUUGCAAAUGAAUCUUGGUUAGAUGUGCAGGCAGACCCGGCAAAGAUUCCUUCAUCAUCAAGCCGCCCUUUGAGCCGAGGGAAUUGGACAUUGGGUCGCCAAUCAAUCGGAAAGAGUUCAUUUAUGAUCAUUUUGCCGAAUUGAAGUGAGACAUAUUAUUUUUGUCGCGUGGGGAAUGGCUUAACGGGUGCGCCCGACCAUGAAGCGACUUUCGCGUAGAUGUUACCAAAAAGCUUACAGAAGCACCUUUGAUAAGGACAAAAAUACCAAGUGCUGUUUUUCAGAAUCAGAAUCAACUCUUAACGACAAUAACUUUUUUCAUGGACCUUCUUGGCUUUUUUUAAGCCCAGAUUCAUAACCAGCAUUGAAAACUACAUCUAGCCACACUCGAAAAUACUCUCAAUGCGAUCACAGAUCAAAAGAUCUUUCGAAAUUUCCCUCAUAGGGGUUUGAAGGCACACAAUUUUUCAAAAAUAUCUUCAAAAAUAACUCUUCGCCUUGAGACCUUUAUUGAGGUAAUCUAUGCUCCUUUAAAUGUCCGAGAAUGAACUUUUUAAAUAGAGUAUGAACUCAAAAAAAUUAAUUAAAUCAGAUCCGGCCCGGUGAAGAUCUACGGCCCUCCGUUGUUCCGAUCCGAGGUCAUGCUCCUCGGCGAAGGCUUCUAUGACCUCGAAAGCGGAGCCGUCGAACUCCUUAUUUGGCUCCAGGUUCGGACUUUUCCCGUAGUCCUUGCUAAUUAUCCAUUUUCUUCCCUUUCAAACCCAAAAUUUGAUGAAAAAGGGCAUCUUCUAGGAAAACACGUUCGCCGUCUUGGAGGAGAACGGGGUGACCUAUUCGUGCAAAUCUCAGACGAUGCUCCGGAUCAAGCCCAGUGUCAAGUUAGUUAAGGGCGGUGGUAAUUAAUUUUCAUCAAAGUGAAGAAAACUUGGAUAUUUGAAAAAAAAAAUGAUUCGAUUUCAGUUUGAACAUACAGAUUGAAUGGUACUACUGGGAAAAUGUUUAGUGGCCUCUAUAGGGUUUUGACGUUUUAGUGGCCACUAUAGUAGUCAAAUUACUGGCCACUUAAUGGGUUUAAAAUAGGGACCCCUAUAGAGGUCUAAUUGAUACUACUAGACCACUAAAUUUUCAGUGCCCACUAUAGGGUUUCGACGUUUUAUUGGCCACUGGAGUAGGCAAAUUAGUGAGCACUUAAGAGGUUAGAAAUUAGUGGCCACUCUAGGGGUCAAUGUAUCAAUGUAUUCAACUUCCUUCAUUAGCCUGUUACAAAGUUAGGAUUUACAAAAAUGGCUCCGAAUGGAUUUACGAAGUAUCAUGCACACAUAAGAGACAAAAGAUGAUUCAAAUGAUUUUCACUGCCUUUUCUCUUUCCGAAACUGUUUUCAUCGAAAUGAAAACUCGAAAUGACCCUUUUCAGAUGCCGAUUCGACCUGAAAGCCGGCUUCGCCAUCACAAUCCGGAUGGCCCCUUGA